GGAGUAGGAAAGCAGAGGCUGGAGGCCAAAAGGACUUGGAUUGGCUGGAGAACAUCCUGAACGGUACAACCCUGUACCUGGAGCACUAUAAACAUAGGAAUGAGGCAGAAGAAAGGAAACUUUGGGGCUUCUUGUCUGCUUCCUGGGAGAAACGACAAAAACAGCAGGUGGCUUGGAGACCUUGGAAGGAGAGAAGCUGCACUCCAUCUUCUCUCCUGACCUGCUCUCCAUCUCUCUGGGGCUCUCCCAAGAAAAUGUGGACUCCUUUCCUCCUGAGCUGCCUGCUCUACACCCUGGCGAUAGUGGCACAACCGAAGUAUUUGAUUAUCCUCCCAGCUGAACUGCCCUUCCCCUCCUCCCAGAGGGUGUGCUUGGACCUGCGUGGUGUGGAGAAGCCUAUUCGCGUGGCCUUAACUCUUGUGCAUGCCUCUGGCAACAUCAGCAUCUACCGCAAGGUUGUCCGGAACAACUGGAUCUUUGAGUGCUCCAGGUUUCAGGUCCCCAAACCUGCAGGCAGCCAAGAGGUGGGCACUGUCCAGCUGCAGAUCUCCAAUGGCCACUAUUUCAGUGCAAAGGAGGAGAAGCAAGUCCUGAUUCGUAGGACUGGCACUGGCACCUUCAUCCAAAUGGAUAAAGCCAUCUAUAGGCCAGGACAGACAGUGAAAUUUCGGAUAGUGACAUUGACUGAAGACUUUGUCCCCGUUAACAGCAAGUACUCCAUGGUGGAAAUCCAGGACCCAAACCAAAACCGCAUUGGCCAAUGGCUGGAUGUGAGACCCAAACAGGGCAUUGCAGAUCUCUCUUUCCAGUUAGCUACUGAACUCUCUCUGGGGACUUACACCAUCAAUGUGGUGAACCCAAAAGUGUCCAGUACAUUUAAGGUGGAGGAACAUGUGUUGCAGAAGUUUGAUGUUUUCUUUGAAGGACCAGUUCAGAUUUAUGCUUCAGAUAAAACCUUCCCACUGCGUGUAUGUGGCAGGUACCACUAUGGGAAAGCAGUGCAAGGGACCAUGAGGGUGACUUUGUGCCAGAAGGCGAGGAGGCGUCUUCAAAAUGUCAGCAAGGAUAUUUGUAGAGAAUACAGUGGUCAGACAGUGAGCAAGGGGUGCUUCACACCUUCUGUAAGCACGUCGGUGUUUAAUCUGGCUCCUAGUGAGGAGGACAGCAAAAUCUAUGCAGAAGCUUCUCUUCUGGAGGCAGGCACAGGGGUCCAAAUCAACUCCUCCAGCCAAAUCCUCAUUUCCAGGACAGCUGCACGGGCAGUGUUUGAAACACCAAAUGCUUACUACAUCCCCGGAGUACCCUACAGGGGGAAGAUUAAGCUUCAGGAUCACCAUGGAAAUGGUAUGAAAAACAGAAAAGUUUAUCUCAUAAUAAAGUUCAUGAGGCGUCGGCUUAUCAAAAUGUAUAUCACGGAUGGCAAUGGAAGAGCAUCCUUCAACCUGGACACAACUGCCUGGAACAGCUCCUCAGUCUUUUUGGAGGGAAGGUUUACGCUGGAAGAUCUCACACAUGCACCCUGGAAAACUGGUGUCAGUUACACAAAUGCUUACCAUCACCUGCAACCCUUCCAUGUCACAACGAAAAGCUUCCUGGACAUACACCCACUCACAGGAACACUGCCCUGUGGACUAAAGCAGAGUGUCCAGGUGACCUUCACACUCAGUCGGGAUGACCUGGGAGAAGACACCAGCCGGAUAGGUUUUGCAUAUUAUGUCACUGGGAAGGCUGGCAUUGUUGUCAGGGGACAGAGGAGCGUCCAGGUUGGGAAGCUGAACAUGUUGAAGGGCUCCUUCUCCAUCCCUCUGACCUUCACUGCUGACUUCACCCCGUCACCUUCUUUAGUGGUGUACGCUAUCUUCCCCGGUGGAGGGAUAACAGCAGAUAGCAUCCGCUUUGAUGUUGCCUUGUGCUUUGAAAAUGAGGUCAAAGUAGGUUUCCUGGCUAAAGAAGCCCACCCAGAGUCAACAGCGCAGCUCCGGCUGCAGGCAGCCCCCGGCUCCGUGUGUGCAGUACAGGCCGUGGAUGAAAACAUGUUCCUUGUGAGACCAGAGAGUGAGCUGACAAGCCAAAUGGUCUAUGGCUUGUUCCCUGCUAUCUACAGACAUGGGUACCCUGCCCAAGUUGAAGAGUAUCCAGAUCACUGUGUUCAGCCCCACUCCACGUCACCUCUGCUGCAAGGGAAACUGCAGCAUUCCUUUCAGCCUGACAUCUUCAACCUCUUCUGGAACAUGGGUCUAAAAAUCUUCUCAAACCUUGCAAUCAGGAAGCCAACUCAAUGCUCUCAUCGGGCAGGGGGUCCUUCUAUGGAAUACAGGAGAAUGACCAAGGAACAAACCCAAUUAACAACCCAAGGAAGAUUUCACCACUAUUUGCCUGAAACUUGGAUCUGGAAUCUGUUCUCUGUUGGCUCCAACGGGAGCAGGAGCAUCCCAGUCACAGCGCCUGCUGCUGUCGCUGAGUGGAAAGUCAAGACAUUCUGCUUGGCUGGGAGGGGGUUUGGACUUGCCCCGACCACAAGUCUCAGAACAGUACAACCUGUGUUUGUGGAUGUGACUUUGCCAUAUUCUGUGAUACAAGGAGAGACCUUCACGCUGAAGGCUACUGUUUUCAACUACCUGCAGCAGUGCAUACAGAUACAGGUAUCCCUGGCUAAAUCCCCAGACUUCCAGGUGGAGCUGUGCCGGACCUGCAGGGACAGAGAGUGCCUCUGCGCAGAAGAGUCCAAGACCUUCGCGUGGAAUAUGACAGCAAGCCAGCUGGGGACUCUGAAUAUCACAAUCAGGACUGAGGUACUGGACACCACACCACGCUGUGGGGACAGGAAGCCCCUGCCAGCUACCACGAGGCGGAGGCAUGUUCUGGUCAAACACUUGCUGGUUCGGCCAGAAGGUGUGCUAGUGGAGAAGUCUUACAGCUCCAUUCUGUGCCCAAGAGGAGGAAACAUGGCUGAAGAUCCUGUGCCCCUUCACCUCCCGGAUAAUGUAGUAAAAGGAUCUGCCAGAGCUUCAAUUUCCAUCUCAGGUGACCUCAUGGGGCUUGUGUUACAGAACCUGGACCGCCUGGUGCAGUUGCCCCAUGGCUGUGGGGAGCAGAACAUGGUGCUGUUUGCCCCCAUUGUCUAUGUGCUGCAGUACCUGGAGAAGACGAGGCAGAUGACCCCUGAAAUCAAGGAGAGGGCAACGGGACUCCUGCACAAUGGGUACCAGGCACAACUCCUUUAUAAGCAUAGAGAUGGCUCCUACAGUGUCUUUGGGGAGCAGGAUGGGGAAGGGAACACUUGGCUGACAGCUUUUGUAGUCAAGAGUUUUGGCCAAGCCAAGAAAUACAUCUAUGUAGAUGAUAAGAACAUCCAGGAUGCCUUACGCUGGCUAGAGCAAAAUCAACUCCCCAGCGGCUGCUUUGCCACCAAAGGGAGUUUCUUUCAUUCUUCUAUAAAGGGCAGUGUGGAUGAUGAAAUCUCCUUGGGAGCAUAUGUCGCUGCAGCACUGCUGGAGCUGGGUCAGCCACUGAAGGGCAAGAUGAUGCAGAGUACCCUCCACUGCCUGCAGCAGGCAGUUCACAAUGUCACCAGCAUCUACACAGAAGCUGUUCUGGCCUAUGCUUUUGCCCUGGCCGGAGACUAUGAGACAACCCAGGAGCUGCUAUACAAGUUGGAGGAACAGGCCAUCAAAUCAGGAGGACAAAUACACUGGAGCCCCAAACCAAGCUCCCCAGCUUCCACAGCCUUCUGGCCUGGCACUCAGUCAGUGGAUGUGGAACUGACAGCCUACGUGCUCCUGGCGUACCUUUCCAAGCCACGGGUGCACGCAGGUGACAUGACAACUGCAGCUGGUAUCGUGGCAUGGCUGACCCAGCAGCAGAAUGCCUAUGGGGGCUUUGCCUCCACCCAGGACACAGUUGUUGCCCUGCAAGCUUUAGCAAAAUAUGCAGCAAGGACCUUCAGCACAUCAGGCCAAGCGCUUGUGAGGGUGAAGUCCCACAGGGGCUUUGGGAAGACAUUCCAAGUCACCCGCCAGAAACGGCUCCUGGUGCAGCAGGCGGAGCUGACAGAGAUCCCAGGGCAGUUCAUGGUGCAGGCCCAGGGCAGCAGCUGUGUUUUUGCUCAGACAGUGCUGAGGUACCACAAGUCUCCCCCACGGGCCACUGUAACCUUCACUCUGCGUGUCAACACAGAGCUGGCCAACUGUAGCCAGGCCAACACGCGUGUCCUCAUUGUCCGCAUCCUUGUCAGCUACAUUGGCAGCAGAGUCACAUCCAACAUGGUGAUCAUGGAGGUCUCCUUGUUGUCUGGAUUUGUCCUGGCUCCAGGCUCCAGGCUGUCGCUGGAGCGCAAAACCAUCAUUAAGAAAAUAGAAGUGAAAGCUGAUGUGGUCUACAUUUAUCUGGACAAGCUCAAUGAUGAAUCUCAGACUUUCAGUCUGCAACUGGAACAAAUAUUUGAGAUGAAGAACCUGAAACCGGCCACCGUCAAAGUCUAUGAUUACUACCAGCCAGAGGAGCGAGCCUUGGCUGACUACAGUGCUGUCUGUAGCUGAGGUUGGGGACUGAAUGGAAGGAGAUGCCCCAGAUACCCCCAGUAGAAGGACACUGCCCCCAUUAAAGUUGAGCCCGUGUGGUCUUGUGCCUGAGUGGAUGGACUUAGGGAUCACAACGGUCCAGCUGUUGUGCCUGCACUGGGAGGGGGCUGGGCUGUGAGGGGGAGCUGUUAUAUAUCUGGUAUAUUCCUGGGAAGAAGAAUUAAAGUAAGCAUCACCCCUGACCUUGCUGUCAUUGUGCCAGUUGUUGAUGAACUGCAGGCUUAGCCCACAAGGAUACCAUUUCUGCCAUCGACAAUGUACAAACUUUCUAUCUCCUCCACUGCUCUCUCCUCAUGGUCCCCAGCACUUUCUGCUGAGUAGGACCCAGGCAGCUUUGGGGUAUAAGGUGCAAGUGUACAUGCUGUGACAGCCAUAUCUCAUACAUCCUUCCUGCAAGCUCCUGUAUUCCUGCUCUUGAAGCAGGCUCCAGA